AGAGUCCGUCGUCUUCUUCCGCACUUUCCCCGUCAAUUCCCUUUUCUUUAUCCUGCGCACCCACUCCAAUUCUUUCUCCCAUCUAGAAUACGUUAGCAUCAACAUGGCCAACUCCACUCCAGGUUUCUCUAAAGCUCUUCUUGAUAAUUCAAGGGAUCAAAGGGAAAGUUCCCUUGUGGUUUGCUUUGGCGAAAUGUUGAUUGAUUUUGUACCAACCGUCGGUGGAGAAUCACUUGCAGAAGCACCUGCAUUUAAAAAAGCUCCGGGUGGAGCUCCUGCCAAUGUCGCUGUUGGGAUAUCAAGAUUAGGGGGUUCUUCAGCUUUCAUAGGGAAGGUAGGCCAGGAUGCAUUCGGAUACAUGUUGGCUGAAGUUUUGAAAGAAAACAAUGUUGAUAAUUCUGGCAUGCGUUUUGACCCUGUUGCACGAACUGCACUGGCAUUUGUUACCCUUAGAGCCGAUGGUGAGCGUGAAUUUUUGUUUUUCCGCAAUCCAAGUGCAGAUAUGCUUUUUCGCCAAUCAGAACUUGACAUUGAUCUCAUUAAAAAGGCGAGUAUUUUUCACUAUGGUUCGAUUAGUUUGAUUGAGGAGCCAAGUAGAUCGACGCAUCUUGCUGCAAUGGACAUAGCUAAAAGAUCUGGUAGUAUUCUGUCCUACGAUCCCAAUUUGAGAUUGCCAUUAUGGCCAUCAGCAGAUGCUGCUCGGUGUGGCAUCAUGAGUAUUUGGGAUCAAGCAGACAUAAUUAAGGUAAGUGAGGAGGAAAUUAGAUUUUUGACGGAGGGAGAUGAUCCUUAUGAUGAUGAUGUGAUCUUUAAGAAGCUUUUUCACCCAAACCUCAAGCUUCUUGUCAUAAGCGAAGGUUCAGAGGGCUGCAGAUACUACACCAAGCAAUUUAAGGGUAGAGUAGGUGCUAUUAAAGUUAAAGCUGUGGACACCACAGGUGCUGGAGAUGCCUUUGUUAGCGGGAUACUUAGCAUUUUGGUUUCUGACCCUGAUCUGCUAAAGGAUGAGAAGAAGUUAAGGGAAGCUCUCUGGUUCGCAAACGUGUGCGGUGCUCUCACAGUCACAGAGAAGGGAGCAAUUCCGGCAUUACCCACAAGAGACGCAGUUCUCCGAGCCCUACCCAAAGUUGUAGCAUAAGGUGUGUUUGGGUGCACUGCCAAAUCGUGGUUGGUGGGGCUUACCAUGCUUGGUGUAAGGAGUUGUGCAGAAACGAUUUGGCUGUGACCACCCAUACGAUAAAAUAAUACCACUUAUGUGGUCUGUUUUGUGUUUUAAGGUCGGUUUGAUGUUCCUAAUUACCUGUAAAUGCCCUGUAAAUGGGCCAUUAUUACUUUUUACAAUUGUUUGGUUCUUGGAGAAAUUACUGCCUCGAAAAUCAUAUGAAUUUUAAUUGAAUUCCAUGUGUUUCUAU